AUGUAUUUCAGUUUAUCAAGUCUCACUUCAUGGCCGAAACGAAAACGAAAAGAUUUCCUUGUUCCAGUGAAUUCAUACGAUGGUAAAGGCGAAGGGGAAGUGUUACCGAAUCUUCUCCGUGAUGAUUCCCACGCAAGACCGCUCUUUACGGAAUCGACUGUUUACCUGUCAGUCAUAGUGCCAGCUAUGAAUGAAGAGGAAUGGGGCGAUUAUAGUAACGUGGUACAGUUCAGGGACCGACUACCAAUUAUGCUGGAUGAGUGCUUCGAAUAUUUGCUGGAGAGGAAGAAAAAGGAGGAAUCUUUCAGUUUUGAAGUUUUAGUAGUCGAUGAUGGCAGUACCGAUCGCACUGCUGACGUUGCUGCAGAUUACGGUCGGAGACAUCCUGGUUCAUUGAAAGUGCUCAAAUUGGAACGGAAUCUUGGAAAAGGAGGUGCUGUUCGAAGCGGAGUCUUGCACUGUGGUGGAAAGCUGGUCCUAUUCGCUGAUGCUGAUGGCGCUACGAAGUUUUCGGACAUAGAAAAGCUGGAGAAAGGCUUAUUUCGAAUUAGCCGAGGACUGGACGAAACAUUUCCCGUUGUCGCUGUUGGAUCGAGAGCUCAUUUGGAAGCAGAAGCAACUGCUACACGCUCUCUUUUCCGUAAUAUCUUGAUGCAUGGUUUUCAUCUGUUAGUUUACCUCUUUUCUUCACGGACUGUUCGUGACACACAGUGUGGAUUCAAGCUAUUCACCAGAGCAGCAGCGGCUAAGGUUUUCCCUGUACUGCAUGUUGAACGAUGGGCUUUUGACGUUGAGCUCAUCUACCUGUGUGAGCUGUGGAUGGUACCAAUAGUAGAGAUGGGAGGGAAACGCGCAUCAAGACUUAAGUCAGAGCCCAUGGAUACCCAAAGUUUCCACGUUAACGAAAUCAAGAUGGAGGAGGAACGUGUACUGAAUACCUAUGACGAUGACUUGGACUACGCGCAGGUGCAAGCAGGACCUUUUGAUGUAAAUAAUUAUUGCAAGCGAAUUGAGGUACAAAUUGUAAACGAUUUGGAAGAUGGCAUGUCACUUGAUUUCGAUCUGAUCAAUGUUGAAGCUCCCAUAGCAAAUGCACUACGGAGGGUCUUAUUGGCAGAGGUCCCCACAAUGGCCAUAGAGAAAAUAUAUCUGUACCAGAAUACUAGCGUCAUCCAGGUUAUUGGCAUUAAUGAGCACGGCGUCGACUGUGAGGAAGAGCCGGAGCCAGAUCCAACCCGUAAUGUUGUUUUUAACAUAAAUGUGACCUGCACCCGAAAUCGUAAUGCUCCAACUACAGCCACAGAACCGCAUCAGCUUUAUCAUCAGUCCUCGAUUUAUUCCAGGGCCUUCAAGUGGAUUCCAUGCGGUGAUCAGGAACAACAGUUUGCUGAUGAUCCACCUCGCAUGGUGCACGACGAUAUUCUGGUGGCUAAACUCCGGCCAGGACAACAAAUAGAAGCCAAUUGUCAUGCUGUCAAAGGAAUUGGGCGUGACCAUGCUAAAUUCAGUCCAGUAGCCACAGCUACCUAUAGGCUGCUCCCCACAAUUCGUCUUCUCGGUGAGGUUCGUGGCGAAGCUGCUAUUCGAUUACAAGAAUCUUUUAGUGAAGGUGUCAUUGAACUCAAAGAGAAAGAUGGUGAAAAGUUCGCAGUAGUUGCUGAUGCACGACGAGAUACUUGCAGCCGAAAUGUGUUCAGACAUGAUGAUUUAGCGCCUCUUGUGGAACUAGGAAGGAAGAAGGACUAUUUCAUUUUUAGCGUCGAGUCAACAGGAGCUUUGAAAUCAGCAGGAGUUGGUUGUGGAGGCAUGCAAGGUGAUGGAGGAGAAAUGCAGAUCACUUCGAGAGCAAAUAGCGGAGGUGCUUGGACGUAA